UAAACAGAAUAACUUUUUAAUUGUGCAUAAUCACUUUCCACUGAACAGGGGACUAAGAUAACUAUUGAAAAUUCUAAAGAAAAUCGCACAAAGUGCUAAGGGAACCGGUUUUCAAGUGGAUAUUUCAAUGAAGGAGAAGCUAUUUGCUAACAACUUCAUCGUCAACAGUCACUUACUCUCAAGAAGUCGAAGCGGAGUUCCAGUUUAUCAGUGAACGCUUAACUGAAAGUUAACAUUAACUGUGAUACUGGUUAUCUUGAUAGCAUUUAUUACUAAAUCCGCAAAACUGUUAUUUACAGACAAAAUACAAAAAUCACUGACACGUGUUUAUUAAACGGAAUCAUUUCACCAAAAAACAACAAACUAAAAAAAGAUUAAGAUUGAAGAAAGUUAUAACAAAUGAGCCGCUUGCUGUGUUUUUCGUUAGCACGAACUAUUGGUCAUUUGUGAUAAAUUCACUUGCCUAAUAUUCACUCAAUUUUAUGAAAACUAAAGGAUACUAUCAAUUACAACAGAGAAUGUCUUCAGCUCACUACAGAUGAAGUUGUCUUUAUUAAAUUCUGAUUAUAUUCUUUUCUUAUCUCUCACUAUAAUAUCAUUAAAUGAUUUCUUCGUCCAAUGUGACUUAUUUCAUAUUGAAUCCGUUGAACAAGACAAUCUAAAUAAGAACAACAACAAUAAUAAUAAAGGUGAGAGCGAUGUGAUCUACAAUGAUAAUAAUAAAGAUGGAUUUAAAGGAGCUGAGAAAGAGAUAAAACCAGUCAACCUUAUAUAUCAGUAUCAAGGUACACUGGAAAACAAAGAAGAUGUUAUCAGUGCAAAUUAUGCUCCAGUGACGUUUUCAAACGUGAAUGACAAUACGUCACCUGAAAAGACAGGCAAUAAUAAUGGAGUUGACAACACUUUUAGACUGAAUGAAACCUUAUUAAAUAAGCUGAAGAACACAUUUUCAACUGAUCAGAAUGUCUCUCAUCAACAGAAUAAUCACAAAAGGUCAAACAACAGAGUAUUCUCGGUACCCUCUUCCAGAUCAUUUUCAUCAGAGUCAAUGCCACAAACAAGAUCAACGACUAAAAUUGUUAAAAACUGGCCACCAAAUGAUUAUCGUAUCGAAUUUAUUGAAGAUCUUGUUCAAAAAAAUAUUGCAAUAAAAUUUUUGGAAAAUGGUUUUAACGAUUUUUCACAGAUGAUUAUUUUGCCAAAGAUAGCAUCAAUUUAUUUAGUUAAAAAACGAGGAACACUGCUGAAACUACAUAUGACAUCCUUAAAGCAACUGGAUGAAUAUACCUUACCACCAUCAAAGAAAUCUCUCUCAGAAUGUCGUGAUUCAGAAUCAUGUGAAUCAGUGAAAGAAAUCAGUCUUCUUGCCAAGAUGCCUGAUGAACGAAUGAUAUGGUUAUGUUAUGUACAUCAUUAUCCGCAUGAAAAUCGUCCAAGUCUACAAGGUGAAAGUGGUUGUAUGGUUCCGACGAUUGAAAAUCUUGCUGUCCCCUUAGUUCAAUGGGAAAAUCCUCAUUUCAAUUCAUUAUAUCCUGAUAAACCAGCAAGUGUUCUCAAUGCAGCUGAUGGAUUCACUUAUAUCUCUGCAUUUACAUUAGAAUAUUUACGAAUAUUUCGUGCUUACAUGCCUGAUUGGAAUGGUAAUUUCAAUUGGACAGGAGCACUUGUUACAGAUAAAAGUCCAACAUUUAUAGCAGAGCCUGCACAAAUUUUACUGACAUUUGAAACAACUGAUGAAGUUUACUUUGUUCUUCGUGAACAACCAAGUUCUCAAAUGACAAAGUGUGAAACGAAACCAGAGAACCCGACAAAUCCAUUAUUUAACACAGAAAAUUUAAAAACAUCUGAACAAGCCUAUUGUUUAACAAGCAUAGCACGUUUAGUACGAGUGUGUAAAGCUGAUCUAAUCUGCCCUGCUACAAAUGAAAACGGUGGAUAUUUCAGUUAUACUCAUAUAUCAAACGCUUAUUGGGAUAAUAGUUCACAGUUGUUGUAUGCAACUUUUACGACAGAAAAAUCUGCUCCAACUGGAAGUGCAUUGUGCGUCUAUGGUAUGAAUGAAUUUAAAGCUGCAUUUAGUGGACCUUUGAUACGCACUAAUGCUGUACAAAAUAAUAUUAAGUCAUCGCCAGUGCCAAAUUCAUUUUCAAACAUUUGUUCAAGAUUUAAUUCAAAAAAUAGAACUGAUGAAGAAGUGACAAUCGGUCGACGUUUAUCCCUACGCUUUCCAUAUCGUUAUCUACCAGUUAAACCAUUGCAUAGUCAUGCUUUAAUAGCACAGACUGGUGUUAAUUGGUUGCAUUUACAAGCUUAUAAUCUGCCUGCAUUAACAAAUCAUUAUCAACAAGAAGAACAAGUAACAACAAGCAUAAUAUGGAUUGGUACAAAGAAACAGCUAACACAAUUCGCUUUAUACACAUAUUAUGAUAUAACAGUAUCAGCAAGACAGAAUCACCCGACGUCUGGUCAAGAUAAACUGCCAACAACAUCAACAACAACUGCUACAAACACAGUUAUAUGUAAAUUAAAAGAGAUUCAUCUUGGAAGACAACUUGAAUCAUUCAUACCUCACAUACCCUUUGAACCAUUAAAUUCAGCUGUAAAUAGUCAGUUGCCAACAAUGAAAUCCCAAUCACAUUUAGACAGAAAUCAUUCAUCAGGAAGAGGAACUAAUGAUGAUGACAAUGAUGACGACGGUGAAGAUAGUGAAGAAACAUUUAAAGUUGACGAAGAAAUUCAGCGUAUAGAAAUAACAGCUUCAAACUUCUACAUCAUGACAAAUAGACAAUUAUUUCGUCUCCCAUUGACAAGAUGUUCAGAAUACAAGACAUUUGAUGAAUGCCUUCAGCUAAAAGAUCCACAUUGUGGUUGGAAUUGGCCUGAAGGUAAAUGUUCAAGUGGUUAUUUAUUCGACUCCAGUAUACAAAUUAAUCGUUUAAGUACAUUUUCUCCAUCAGUUGAUCAUAGACAACAAAGUUCUCAUGAAUGUCCAUCAAAAAGUUAUUCAUUGAAUAAAGAUAAGGAUAAUUCAUGGACUCCAUGUAUUAAUAUUGAUGAAAAUACUACUGAUCAUAUUUCAAUGAAUCAACUUGGCAGUUGUCAGUGUCGUGUAUGUAUUAGUCAUACCAAUUGUAUUUUCGGUAUACAACAAGUGAAAAAUUGUACACGUUAUGACGAGAACUGGUUACCCUGGUCUACAUGGAGUGACUGCAACUUAGCAAAUAGUAUUCAAACAAGAAAAAGACAAUGUCGACCAAAUGCGAUUUGUUCUGGCAUAAGUGUUGAGCACCGAUCAUGCCUAGACGAUGCAGUUUGGUUCAAACAGUCUAAUACACCACCUAAAGCAGCUAGCUAUAAUAAACCACGAAUUAGUUUCACAGGUCAUACAGAUGGUUUCACGCUUACACAUCUAAUACUUGUCGCGAUAUGUGGACUCUUAACAGGCAGUUUAUUAACAAUUAUAUUAUUUUGGACGUGUAGGCGUCGUCGACGUCUGUUUGAUGAAGAUGAUCUUAUUACACCACCAAGUAAAAGACAUAUAAGCAUUAUUCCCUCACACUGUCCAAAUCAUUUAUCUUAUGAAGAUCAACAGACCUGUUUAACCAAUAGUGAACCACUAGGUGUUAGUAAACAGUGGAGUUUAAUGGAUGAAAAAGAGCCUAUCUGGUCUAACAAAUCAGAUUCAACAAUGGUGACAGGUGUAGAUCAACGAUAUGAAUUUUUACCACCUAGUCAUAUGGUACCAACAGUAUACAAUAAAUCCAGCAGGUCAGUUAGUAGAAAGUCAAUAAAACUGCGUCAUUCAAAUUCACCUUGUUAUGAUAUACCAGCAAAUAUACACCUUCUAUGCAGUUCACCUCUACCAUCACCAACAUCAAUGGUAAGCAGUCAGUCAACUGCAUCAACUCUAUUGAAAGAUAAGUUUACAUUCGAUCCUUCUACAGAACAAAACCCAAAUUAUCUACAAGAUGAUAAAAAUAAUUUAAUCAAUGUUAUUCCUGAUAAUGUAACUGAAAGUUAUAAUGAAAAUCUAGGAAAAUUAUACUUAGCUGGUUAUUUGUAUGCACCAAUAGAACCAUCACCACAUGACAGGUUGACAGCACCAGUUGCCACAACGAAAUUCAACUACAAGCUGCCUCAACCUCAAGAAUAUUCGACUAUAAUGCCUUCUCGUAUUCAAAGAAAUACUAAUCUUGUUAUUCCAAAGCCUAUUAUAAUUCAACCUGCGUAUUCAUCAUAUAUAAGAGAUGAAGAUAAGAAUAACAGCAACAUCAUGACAGCAGCAACAACAACAACGACAAAAACUAUUAAUGGAGAGAUUCUUACAAUCACAGAAAAUCCAGUACACAUUGCAUAG